AUGACGUUCAUCCCGAUGGCUAUCUGGGUCGGAGCGCCGGAUAUUAGUGUGGGUCUAUACAUCUGGAAGGGCAUCAUUCCAACCCUUCUAGGGAAUAUCGUUGGUGGCGGUGUGUUUUGUGGUACUUACUAUUGGUAUAUGUACCUGCUUGACUUGAACUCUUUGCCUUUGUAUGGCAAGAAGUGUUUUGAUAGCCCGCUUCAGUCGGAGCAGGCGACGCUGAAGGAGACCGAUAUUGAGGCUUCGGCUGGUGUCAUUGAUCAUGAAACGCGCACAAAUGCGUAG